UGCUGCUCACUGCGAGUCCGGGAGCCGAGCGAGAGUGGACCGAGAUUUAACAAAGAGAGCGGCCCUCACCGAGCGAGACCAGACCCGAGGAGACGCUUCAGCUCCGCGACUUUCUGAACUCAGUUGAACUCGUAUUUUUCGAGCACAUACAAACAUAUAUAAGUAUUUUUUUUCCUUCUGGGAGUUAAAAUGAAGAAUAUGUGGUUGCUUCUCGUCGUGUUGUCGACUGGGCUUCUCAGUGAAAAACUUGUCUCCUCACAGUUGUCUGUCUCAACAACAGACGAUCUGUAUAUAGAAGGCCACACAUCUGGGGGCCUUCCUAUAGAUGACGAAGAUGGUGAAGAUGAUGGAUCAGGCUCAGGAUCUGGAGACUAUGAUUUCAACAUUCCAGAUGAGGAGUUAGUCAAGAGGUUCCUCAACAUCUCCAACACUUCACCACUUCAGCCACAGCCAACCGCAGGCUCUGCUCCCAGCCCGCCGACCACAGCAGCGACCAGCCCGGAGGCUUCAGUCACAGUGAAGGACAAAGAGACGACUUUGCCUGAUAGCAACGGCAAGAAGGAGGAGGAGGUGCUGAAUGUCGGCCCAACAGCUGAUUCCUUGACACCACCCAAAAGCCCCACUCCCGUGUCCAGCGUCACGACUCCCGAGAAAACAAGCAGGAGCACAAUCGGCGUGGCUGAAGAGUCCGACCUGGAUAACAGCGUGGAGAGGAACGCGCCCACAACUAAGAAAGAUGUUCCAACCAAAAAGGUCGAUAACGAAAUCGACGUCCCCUCUGGUCGAGGCGGCAGACUGUUCGACGCACAUUCUCCUAAGCCAGUGGCCUCCGAGAACCCAUGGGAGAGGAUCGAGGUGCUGGCAGCUGUGAUCGCAUGCGGCGUGGUGGGCUUCCUCUGUGCCGUCUUCCUCCUCGCCCUCCUUGCCUACCGCAUGAAGAAGAAGGACGAGGGCAGCUACGACCUGGGAGACAACAAGCUUUCCUCAACAGCCUACCACAAAGCGCCUACCAAGGAAUUCUAUGCCUGAACAGGCUGAAAUAGGAACGACCCGAAGUGGAAUCUCUCUCCUGUCCAUCAGGACUGACAAAGGAUCAGCUGAAAAUGAUUCCUCUUGUUGAAGUUUGAAAUGGAAACACCUGCGUCGUUUGUUUUUUGUAUUUUAUCCCCUCAUCAUUUCCCUGCCAUCUUUCAUCCGCGUGCAUAAUUUCCAGCAUUUGUGAAGAAGGGGGCCAUAAGGAAACAACAUAAGACUCUAAAAAAAAUUCUUUCCCGUCAUCGUGACUUAAAGAAGAAGUUGGAUUUACAUGCAUGUGUUUUUUUUUUUUGUUUUUUUUUUGUUAGGUACGGCAGCUAUUCUAUGGUUGGAAUAGCUAUCAGCUGAACAAUUGGUGAUACCUCUGUGCCUUUAGACCCAGUUAUCUAAGCUCCCCCACUCGGGGCUCCUCUUGUUCUAUAUCACAGAGAAAUGAUUAUUUUUAAUGGAUUGUAGGCUGAAGCAUCCCAGUUAUUUUAUCAGGAUAUCAGCAGUGGGGAGAUGUCGGAGGGCUUCACACAUUGAGACCUCUUUUCUUUUUCUUUUUUUUUUCUUUUUUUUUUUUGAGGUCAGAUUUGUUCUGCUUGUAAAAAAAAAAAAAAAAAAAACUGUGUUACAUUUCAAUUUUCUGUACGCUUUCUUUGCAGAAAUGAAUAUUUUUGUUAUGUGAGUGAAUAUGCCUUUUCAAUGCUGCCCAGUAUUGGUAUGAAAAAUGUUGUUACUCUGCAGGUACAAAUGUUUUUUUGUUUUUUUUUUCAGAUCUUUCUUAUAGAACUGACCAAAUAUAAAUGU